ACAUCACCAGUCCCAGACCCAGACAGUGGUCCUCGCGGAGGAGAUGACAACUAGAAGAAGAUUGCCUGGGACUUGUGGAGUGCGAAAUAUUUUGUUUUUAGUAAAGGAAUAAUUCUGGGUUCAAUGAAUUUACAAUUCCUAACCAGUGAUGAGCUGGCUGCUAAAGUGGAUUCUUAUAGCAGCAGGGAUUCAACAGGCCUACUCCCAGACCCAGAAUUCCACUGCCAUGCUGCCCCUAGCAGAAUCGACAGACCUAGAGCCAUACAACCGGACCCAGUACUGCCACUGGCCCUGUGAGUGCCCCCUGGUCCCCCCUUCCUGCCCUUCAGGGGUGAGCUUGCUCAUGGAUGGCUGUGACUGCUGCAAGGCCUGCGCCAGGCAGGUGGGGGAGGAGUGCAACGAGGCAGACACUUGCGACUACCAUAAGGGACUGUACUGCGAUUACAGCUCAGACAAGCCUAGGUACGAAAAAGGAGUGUGUGCAUAUAUGGUUGGCACGGGCUGCGAGCAUGACGGUGUGAUCUACCGGAAUGGGCAGAGCUUCAAACCCAGCUGUAAAUACCAGUGUCUGUGUGUGAACGGGGCCAUCGGGUGCGUGACCCUGUGUACGGACUCCCAGCCCCCCCGGGUGUGGUGCCAGAACCCGAGGAGGGUCAAGAUCCCCGGACGCUGCUGUGAACAGUGGAUCUGUGACGAGCCCAAGAAGGGGAGGAAGACUGCUCCAAGACAUGCAGUGGAAGCUCUUCCUGUUGAGGCGAAGGGCCGGAGCAGGAACUGUGUGAUCCAGACAACCUCCUGGAGUAUCUGCUCUAAGACUUGUGGUCGAGGUCUGUCCCUGCGUGUCUCUAAUGCCAACGACAGGUGUGAGAUGGUAAAAGAGUCCCGCCUCUGCAACAUACGGCCCUGUGAGGUGGACAUCACCAAGCACAUCAAGCCAGGGAAGAAUUGUAUGAACAUCUACAGAGAAGAGCAGCCAAAAAACUUUACCAUCUCAGGCUGUGUCAGUAAGAAGUCUUACAGGCCUAAAUACUGUGGGGUGUGCGUGGCCGCGGACCAUCGCUGCUGCAUUCCCUACAAGUCCAAGACCAUCGAUGUGGAGUUUAUGUGUCCCAACGGGGCCGUGUUCACCUGGCAGGUCAUGUGGAUCAACGCCUGCUUCUGUAACCUCAGCUGCAAGAACCCCAACGACAUCUUCGCCGAGCUGGAGAAUUACUAUGGCUACCCUGAGAUCGUGAACUGAGACAUUUCAAUAAUAAGUCAUACUCUUAUUAUGGGCUCUAUUCAAUCAGAUCUGCUUUGCCAACAUCCGCAUAGCGGUUGUUUUGAUGGUGUUAGAGGUGGAACUUCUUUAGAGCUGUCAAUCCACAAGUGGCUCCCGGCAUUAUACCUAAAGCGGACAUUGCCAUUGGCUGCACGGAGUCAGUGGAAUGUGAGAUGUAAUCUACACCUCCAUUAUGAUGAUAGAAAUGCAUAUUAUUUAGUUUCAUGAUUUUAAAUUUGAGCGUCAUUAUUUCCAUAUAGCCUACACUUUCUCCUUCUGAACUUCUAACAAGAGUGUGGCGGGUGUGGAUUUGUGACAAUGGUCGCAUGUGUAGCUGCUCACUGAUUUGCAGUUCGACCUCUGAAACAUUCACUAUGCAGGUGUCUGCUAUCGCUGGUUAAUGCCUGAUCUAAUUUAACCUAGGCCUAAGCCUCCAUCUACCCCUAUUUUCACCUACUUUUCCUUUUCUCAGUGUUUUUUGGUUUGUCAGACUUUCAGWAACUCUGUUAUAUGUGAUUUUAUACAUAGAGGCCGGUAUUCAAUCUAAGGCACGUUUAGAACAGCGCUCCAUACAACAGUCCGCCUUUUAAAGGCAAUUUCCCCGGCAUUCACAGAGAUGGCAUUCAGUCUCUAGAUCGUCCAUUGGAUUGAAAUCCAGACAAAGCAUUUUUUCUUACAAGGGGAUCCUUCUUUUGCUUUUUUUCCUAUUGGAAAAAUGUGUAAAUCAAUGUUUUUUGUUUUUUUAAGCUCGUCUUUAUGGUCUGUAUAUGGUUGCUUUCGGAAAUAGUUUAUUGACUUGACAAGUAAACCAAGUGUGUGAAAUAUUUUAGUAAUAAUUUAUUGAAGUACAUUUUGAAUACUAAAUGAUUGCACAAAUUGUUUGUCAUACAGGUAUUUUUAUAUUCACAGGAACAAGUUUCAUGAAAUCUCGUUCAUACUCAUGUAAAGAUUGAUUUGAUCGCGUGGCUCUGAAUUGAAUAAUGAGUAAGAGAUGAAGUGAGAUGCUACUAUAGAAUGCAUGUGCUAUA